CUUCCGCAAACAAAACUGCCUCGCUUCUCUCCGGUUGAACUUCUCUUUCGGUGGGCUUUGUAAACUCGUUUUUAAGCAUGAAUUUGCAAGAUAACGACGACCUCGAAAGGUUUUUGAGGAAUGUUGACCAAAUGAAUGAGUUAGUAAAAGAGUUCAAUUGCAGCGAUGUGUCUCGCCAGGAGAAAGCAAUUGCGAAGGCAGAUCAAUUCAUCUCAUCCCUGGAGCAGAAGGAACCGUGUCAAACCAAAAUCAAUAAAACUGUUAUAAACAAAAGUCCUUCAUCUGAAAAUUGUCCAGCGAACAUCCAGUAUGAAUCUGGUCAAAAUCCAGAGAAUUUCUUGAGGAUAUUAGAAAAAGAUGCAGAGGAGAGAAGACUGAGAAGAAAGAUGAAGGAAGAAAAAGCCAAUGCGUUAAGGGAGAAGGGGAAUGAGGCUUUCACUCAAGGUGACUACGAAACGGCUGUCAGGUUUUAUACUGAAGGCUUGGAGCAGCUGCGUGACAUGCAGGCUCUCUACACAAACAGAGCACAGGCCUUUAUCAAGUUGAAGAGAUAUAAGGAGGCCAUAAGUGACUGUGAGUGGGCUCUGAGGUGCAAUGAGAAGUGUAUUAAAGCGUAUGUACACAUGGGAAAAUCUCACCUAGCACUCAAGGAUUUCAAACAGGUAAGUAUCAUUCUGGAGAAGUCCUUCUGUCCUUUCACGUCUAAAGCUGGAUUACAUUUAUAUUUCUCACCUUAUCUGACCUCUCUGACCUGUUACUUUUGCUUCACUUUUCAGUCCAAGAUUUGCUAUCAAAAAAUUUUGGAGAUAGAGCCGCAGCGUGAGACCAUGGUCAAAGCUUAUCUGAGACAAGUGGAUAUGGAAGAGAAGGCAUCUCUCCAGGAAAAGGCAGCUUGGGAAGAGCUACAGGAGGGAACAGAGCAGGCCAGGAGAGUACCAGAGCUGCUGAAGAAGCUUGACAGACCCAAUGAGAUCAGUCUUUACUACUGUGGUGGAUUGGAGCUGCUCUCACAGGCUAUAAAAGACUGUACUGGGCAGACAUUUUUCAGAUUAAACAAUGGCUUCAGUAUCAUUAAUGGCAAUAACACUUUAAGAAGCUGUCUCUCACAGAAUUCAAAAGAUCCAUAUGCGGCUGAUUUAUGCUUGGCCAUCGUCAAACUAUGGAGGACAGUUUGCAGUGGAAAUGAGCAUAACCAACAGCUGUUGAUGGAGUGUCCCGGUACUAGAGAACACAUGGUCCAGCUGUUGGCUUCACCAGUGCGUGUACAGAGGGAAAGCCUGGAAUUGCUCAGCAUGUACUCACAAACUCAGCACGGACGAGACGUGCUCAUCGACAACCUGAAUUCAAACCAAAUGGCAGAGAACCUGAUGAGCUGUGUUUGCCGCGAUAUGAGCUCUGCAUUGGCGCUUACAGUUCUGGAGAACCUGGCUGCAGAAAAUAAAUUUAAGAUUCAGUCAAGGGAGAACUUCACAGCAGUGUUUGCCUUUCCUCUUGAACAUCUGCUGUCAAAUAUCAUGACAACCGACCACAAGACACUGGCUUCUGUGAUUUCUGUGGUCGGGACCAUGGCUCGAGAUGAUGUCAUCAGUAAAAAGCUGGCAGGACAUAGCGGAUUUUGGAAAUGCUCUCUCCAAACUAUGAAGCAGUGCAUCGGCCGUGAAUGUAAAAGUGUCCUCUACCCCCUCUUGGGCUUGAUGAUCAACUUAGCCUCAAAUCCCUCUCAGGUUGUCCAGGAGCACGCUGUUCUGGCCAGCAGCAGGUGCUUGGACCUGCUGAGCGAUUCCUCUGGAGGCGUCAUCACAAGAGCUGCGGGUUUGCUGAGCGUUCUCCUACCGAUGUCUCCUGAUGCCACGCAAGAAGUUGUGCGAAAUGGAAUAGUGAAGAAGUUGCUGAAGAUUCUGAAGGUAGGAGGAGAGAUGAGCUCCAGAUACUCCAUUAAAGCCCUGACAUUCUGUACUGCCUCAAUCCCACAGGCCUGUGAAGAGCUGGUAAAGCUUGACAAACGGCUGCACACUUUGAGAAAACUCCUGGGGAGUAUUGACGAGUUGGUGGUGGGGAACGCAGCGUUGUGUAUGGGCCAUUGCUUAGAAGUGGAUGGAGCUGCCGUUAGCCUCCUAGGCACAGACUGCGUGCAGUUGCUGCUACACCACGCUGCCAGAGAUGCCAAACGAGCAGCCAUUCAGCAGAAUGCAGCCAUUACUCUUGGGAAGCUGUGCAAAAUAGAGCCCAGGCACAUGGAGAAACUCAGGGAGCUCCAUGGUUUAGAAAUCCUUCACUCCUGUGUAAGAUUGAUCACGUGAGCCGCUACCAGUCAUUCAGUUCCUCAGUAAAUGAAAUCAUAACUCAGAACCCGCACACAUACACACACACACACGCACAGAUGAAUGCUGUCCUUUGCUUUACAGCUAAAGACGCUCUUAAGUGAGGUCACAAAUUACUGUCAUGCCUUAAGGCCUAUCUUGAUUAGGCAGCUGUUUCCUGUGUUCGUUUUAAUUAGAGAGAAUUCACACUGACAUGUGACUGUGUUAUCUGCUGUUGUUGAGAACAUGUUGCCCUGGGACGAUAUUCGAAACAUUUCAAUUUCCUUUCAUCCCACUCAUUUUGAGUGUGUUGUCUUGAUUACAUUUUGCUUUCUGUUUGAUGGAUUAAUAUUAGCUUUCAUGUGUUAAAUAAAAAAAGAUUAAUAAAACUGCAUUUGAAAAUAAUUAUAGUUAAAGCCCGCUCAUCUUUGCAGACUUGAGAGCUUUAUAAAAUAUGAUGUAAUAAGAAACAUAAAUAUUAUUACAAUUCAAAAGAGUUUAGCAGAUGUGAUUCUGACAGUGUAACCCAGGGUUUGGGACAGAAUUUCACAAAUAUUUUAUUUUAGAAGUGUGUCUUUGAAGUGAUUCCAUUGCCUAAAA